GAGGCGGUGCCGGGCGGGGGAGGGGGUGUUUACGGCGCGGGUGGGGCGUACAGCACCGCCGCCAGCGAGGCCUAGUCGGCGGCGGGGGGAGCGGGCCGGGCCCGCGGCCGCACCAUGUCCGCCUGCCACAGCUGCGCCGCCGCCGCCCGCCUCCUGGGCUCCACGCUGCCUUCCGCGCGGAGAGGUAUUACUUGUGGUCGUACACGCAUCCCUGUUUUAGGAAAACUUGGGACUUUUGAAACUUGUUCCCUAAGACGAAUUCCUCUUAGAAACUUUUCAGAAACACCAGCAUAUUUUGCUUCCAAGGAUGGUGCAAGCAAGGAUAGUUCUGGAGAUGGAAGCAAGAAGUCUGUCGGUGAAGGGGGUGGUAAGAAGUCAAGCUCUGGAAGCUCUGGGAAAGGAGGGAACCAGCUGCGCUGCCCGAAGUGUGGUGACUUGUGCACACACGUUGAGACCUUUGUGUCUUCCACCCGCUUUGUGAAGUGUGAAAAGUGUCACCAUUUUUUUGUUGUACUGUCAGAGGCAGACACAAAAAAGAGCAUCAUUAAAGAGCCCGAGUCAGCAGCAGAAGCUGUGAAAUUGGCAUUCCAGCAGAAGCCGCCACCUCCACCGAAAAAGAUUUAUAACUACCUCGACAAAUAUGUUGUUGGUCAGUGUUUUGCCAAGAAGGUGCUUUCAGUUGCUGUGUACAAUCACUACAAGAGAAUCUACAAUAAUAUCCCAGCUAACCUGAGACAGCAAGCAGAAGUUGAAAAGCAGACUUCUUUAACACCAAGAGAAUUAGAAAUCAGAAGACGGGAGGAUGAGUACAGAUUUACAAAACUACUGCAGAUUGCUGGAAUCAGUCCACACGGUAAUGCUUUAGGAGCAUCAAUGCAGCAACAAAUGAACCAGCAGAUACCUCAGGAAAAACGGGGAGGAGAAGUACUAGAUUCACCUAAUGACGACAUAAAACUUGAAAAAAGUAAUAUUUUGCUGCUUGGACCAACUGGAUCAGGUAAAACCUUGCUGGCUCAAACUCUAGCUAAAUGCCUAGACGUACCUUUCGCUAUCUGUGAUUGUACUACUUUGACUCAAGCUGGCUAUGUUGGUGAAGACAUUGAAUCUGUUAUUGCAAAACUCCUGCAAGAUGCCAACUACAAUGUAGAAAAAGCUCAGCAAGGAAUUGUUUUUCUGGAUGAAGUAGAUAAGAUUGGCAGCGUUCCUGGUAUUCAUCAGUUACGGGACGUUGGAGGAGAAGGUGUUCAACAAGGCUUGUUAAAAUUGCUAGAAGGUACAAUAGUAAACGUUCCAGAAAAGAAUUCUCGUAAACUACGUGGAGAAACAGUGCAGGUUGACACGACAAACAUCCUCUUUGUAGCUUCUGGUGCUUUUAAUGGUCUUGACAGAAUUAUCAGCAGGAGGAAAAAUGAAAAAUACCUAGGAUUUGGGACACCAUCUAAUAUGGGAAAAGGCAGAAGGGCUGCAGCAGCAGCUGAUCUUGCUAAUAUAAGUGGAGAGUCCGAUCCACAUGAAGAUAUUGAAGAAAAGGAUCGUUUGCUGCGUCAUGUGGAAGCCAGGGAUCUCAUUGAGUUUGGCAUGAUUCCUGAGUUUGUGGGACGUUUGCCCGUUGUGGUUCCUCUGCACAGCCUAGAUGAGAAAACCCUCGUACGGAUUCUUACUGAGCCACGAAAUGCUGUGGUUCCUCAAUACCAGGCACUAUUCAGCAUGGAUAAGUGUGAAUUAAAUGUAACUGAAGAUGCAUUGAAGGCUAUAGCCAGACUGGCCCUGGACAGAAAAACUGGUGCAAGAGGUCUUCGAUCUAUAAUGGAAAAGCUGUUGCUGGAGCCUAUGUUUGAAGUGCCCAAUUCUGACAUCGUAUGCGUGGAAGUUGACAAAGAUGUUGUAGAAGGCAAAAAAGAGCCAGGAUACAUUAGGGCUCCCACUAAAGAUUCAUCUGAAGAAGAAUAUGACUCUGGCGUUGAGGACGAAGGCUGGCCUCGACAAGCAGAUGCUGCAAACCAUUAAAUACUGUCAGAAUGCUCGCCCGUGUAAAGCGCACUUGGUUGUUUCCUUACGAUUGCCUCUGGCUUCAGUCUGAUACUAAAGGCAUUGGAUCUAUCUCGGCUAUGAUAUGUAAUGAGGAACUUCAUUAGAUAAAUCAGAUUGUGUAUUUUAUUGCAACAUCACAUUGAUUUAUUUGAUGGACAUUGUGUGGACUUGGAUGGCAUAAUGUUCAAAUAUGAAUUGUAUAUUACACUUGUUCAAUUAAAAUGUAUAGCAAAUAUAGCAGCACCUGGAUUGCUCUUUCUAGGAAUUAAAACAGCAAUGCAGGUGCUGCCGGUAGUUAGAUUUUACAAUAAUGUUACUCUACAAAUGGGAAAUCAAGAUUAAUAAUUAGUAGAGGGUGAAUAAACUAUUAGCUCCUCAUACGACGCACGGAGGGGGUUACAUUCAGGUCAGUGUUAGAUUUCUGCUGGUGUUUGAAACCCGGUGGGUGCUGGAGUGACUUGUUACAUUUGUGGGGGAGGAAGCCCUUGCAAAAGGGUUUUUGAAAAACUGGGACACGCUUUAUGCCACUGCUGGGAGAUUUUUCUAAAAUGUGACACUAGUUUGUUACAGUAAUUCGAAUGCAAUAUCAAAUGAAAGCCUUUCCUUCACCUCCCCGUUAGGAGUAAGGGUCGGUCACCUUGAAUACUGUGAAAGAAGGCAAAGUCAGUAAUUUGCUCAUUUUUUCCAGAGAGGUAAACAAGAUUUCUAGAAAGUGGUAAGCCAUCUGAAUUUGGACAAGAGGUCGACAUAAAUUUUUAAAUAUUAAUGUUCUAAUAUAGUACAUUUUGUUUAACGUAUUGGAACUAUCAUGCAUCAAUUUUUUGGUGCCAGGUAUUUGCCCAACCUAUCUUAUAAUGUUAAGAGAUGAAAGAAGUAAAUGUGUAAUAUUUUUGAUGUAAUCAGUAGUGAUUGUUCACAUGACACAGUGCUUUUUAAGUUAUACGCUCAAAUGCUAGUAUUGCAUCUUGUGGUUUUGUCUUUGAUUUUUAGUCUUGCAGCAGAGCGAUCCUCCCUCUUCUGUUCUACACCAAAACUAAUUCAAUCCUUUAGGAAAGUCUUUGUAAAAAAAAAAAAAAAUACAAAACAAAAAAACACUAAAGGAUCUGUAUGUUUUUUGAUUUGUUUCAGGAAUUAAAAUUGUUGCUUACAACUUUGUUUUGUCCUUCAGUGAUAUGUGGACUUAAGUUUUAUGUCCCCUUUUUCUAAACUUUUAAUUCAAGCUAUUUAAAUGAAACUUUCCUCAUUCUUCUCAGUCUAGUGGGUGUUUUUAGGACAGGAAGGGAUACUGCAGAUGUGUUGACCCUAUUUUUGUCAUUAAUUUGUCAUGUAAAUUUUCUGUAAUACUCGUGUUCUUACCUAGGAGCAGCGUGACACGCAGUUGUAGCCAGAUGCAACAGAUACUUCCCUUAGGAUUUCAGGUUUUUUCAGGUUAAAUGACCCAGUAAUGGUUCGGAAAAAGCUGCGUUUAAAGUUGAAGAUAUUUCUAGGAGAAGCUUAGUCCCCUCAAACUGGGAAUCUGUGGUGAACUAUCUGUAACUGUGUCCUCACUUUCCUUUUUGUAGAGUGGAAAAAAAAAAAUAACCGUUUUAAUUCUGAAUCCUUUAAUUCAAACCCUUUUUUAAAUGGCUUGAAAAAACCCAACGUUUUAGGUGAAACUGUUCAACAACUUAGUUUUGAAAGUUGUUUGGAAUUAUGUAACCAAGAACUGUUUUUAAGGAAACAAAAUGCUGUGUAAUUACAGUUUGUACUUCACCUCUGGCGUUUGAAUAAAACAAAGCGAAUAUUCAA